AAAAGAGCUGCUAGCGGAUAGCGAUGUUUACGGUCGGAUCCGACACCGGGCAUCGUAUCGUUUGCGCGCUCACACAGAUUUGACGGACGUCUGUUUUUAUGGUUUUCCCGAGACGUGUAAGCGAGGAGAUGUUUUCACAAUGACAGGACGAUGCGAUCAGUGUCAGACCAGAUUGGAAGAUCACUGAUGGCGUCAAAAUCUAGGGUCUCCAUUCUGGAUUACUUCAAUAUCGUCUGUGAGGGAGAAAAUGGCAAAAUUGAAUCAAACUGCAAAGCUUGUGGCACAAGGAUUCAGGCUAAACGGACAGUUACUUCUAACUUUGUUACACAUUUAAAGCGCAAACAUCAGGCCAUGUAUGAUGAGUUUGUGAGGAAGAAAGAUGUGAAAAGGGAGGCAAUGCAGACGUGUACUGGUCCUCCAAGUGGUCGAGUGAUCUCUCAAAGUGGUGCUGGAAUGAACAAGUUUGACUACAGUGACCCUCGCCAGUCCCUAAUUUCAGAAGCCAUCGCCAAGAUGAUCAUCCGAGACCUGCAGCCGGCACAGAUAGUGGAAUAUGAGGGUUUUCGUGAGCUUCUUCAGCUCCUGGAGCCCCGUUACAUACCAGUACCAUGCCAUUAUAUACAACAGCAGCUCCUGCCAGCCUAUGUCUCCCAAGUGCAACUAGCUGCCAAACAGGCUUUAAAAGGAGCCGAGUCCUGCAGUGUGACCCUUGACCUGUGGAGAAGCAGCUCUGUGGGUAAUAACAGUGGUGCUGGGUUUUUUGGAGUGACUUGCCAUUUCAUUAACGCAGACUGGCACAUCAGAUCCGCUCUUUUGGCAUGCUUACCUCUUCCAGACCACAGCAACACUCAGCAAAUGCUCAGCGAGUUUGAUGAGAUCUCCGAGUCCCAUGGCAUGUCUGGCAAAGUGUUCAGAGUCGUUGCAGACUUGUCGCCCUGUGAAAACAGAUCGGCUUUUCGUCUUCCUGGGUUCAGUCUCAUUGGAAAUGGUGGAGAAGAUGAGGAAGAUGGUAGCGAUGAAGAGUCGAGUGCCGGGGAAGCCAAAGAAGCCAUUAGUAGCAACGAGAACAACAAGUCUUUAGAUCAGUGUCUUGGUCGAAGUAGGAUAGACUGCUUUGCUCGAUUACUAGCUCAGUGUGUUAAGGAAGGAGUUUGCGCUUCCCCUCAAAUAUCGGUUCCUCUAAACAAAGGAGCCCACCUGUAUAACUACAUAAUUGCUACAGUGGCUCCUGAAAAACUUGUCCAAGUGUUCGGCUCCAGUACCUCAACAAAGUGGCAAAGACCCUCAUUCACAGACAAGUGGAACGCUCAGUUAAAAAUAUUACGGCAAAUGGUCGAGUCAAUGGAUUUUCUUGAAGACAUUGUAGAUAGAAAUGACCUAGUCCUCGGUAACUUAGAAAAAGCGGAGCUACGGGAGCUGGUUGAGCUGUUGGAGCCUUUUGAGGAGGCCUCAGACAUGGUCCAAGGAGACAAGCACGUGUCCAUCAGCCUAGCCCUGCCCUGUGUGCUAGGUCUGCGCAAGCACCUGGCUGAGGUCGUAACUCACCAGUGCUCUGGGAUUGUGAUGGGAUUGUCUCAAGCUCUGGACCGCAGACUGGCAGGCAUUCUUGAGGACCCUCUUUAUGUAACAGCCACCACCCUGGACCCACAGUUCAAGCUGUCCUGGAGCAGUGACAGCGACUGGCACAAACAGGUGCUGCUGGAAGAGGUUCGAAAGCAUACUCGGCCUUUGAUUCCACUAGAACAUCACCCAGAGGCCCAGCCGUCACCGUCCAAACGUUGCAAGCUGUUCUCGUUCAUUAAGCAGAGGCCGACCGCCCAGGCCAAGACUGUGGAGCAGGAACUGUCCACAUAUCUCCAUGAAGAACCCACAGAUGAGGAUCCACUACAAUACUGGAAACGCAAGUCCAUCGAUUUCCCCCUACUCUCACAAGUAGCCAAAAAAGUUUUUACCGUGCCAGCAACAACCACAUCAGUGGACCAGAUAUUUAACCUGGUUAGCAAGACGCUCAGACCAGAGCAAUGCCGACUUCUGCCAAAAAACCUGGACACUCUGAUUUACUUGAAGGCUAACUAUAGGAUACUUUGGUCCUAACUGUAAAGAGAGCUUUUUCUUUGGAUUUUCUUU